UCGCUCAGCCAUGGGUAUGAGUGGGGAAGAAAGACUCCACGGGCAAAUUCGCGCUGUCUGCUGGUGGCGCUCCCACCCCAAGCCUGACGACAGGGGCACAGGGAGCGCCCUGUAGAAGCCACGGUAGAAACAGUCACGAUCUGUUCUUCCCCACACAGCGGGGAUCAGUGCCCGCUGGUGGUCCCUGCGCCAUCCCCACCUCGGGAGAGAAGAUGCUCGCUCCCACCAUGUGCGUCACACACCAAGGCGCUGCUCCUGUUUCUCACCCUGAGCCGCAGCCCCUCUGAAGCCAAGAAAGGCAACUGAAGAUCCUUUCGAACGACGCACGGAAGUACUCGCCAGAGAACGCCAAUGGUGGGGAAAUACCAGCUAAAGGCAAGAACAGAGCCCGCCGUCACUAACACCCCAGACCCGAGAACUUAGGAAAACACCAGAUCAAGUCUGGGCAAGGAAAACAGCGAGCACAUGUAUGAGCCUUAGACUACAAGGUAUUCCUUUAUUCUUUCAAAGCUGCUAAUUAGUUGCAAAGAGCUGGAUGGAAUAGAAAUCUCGCAAAAGGAAACUCUCCAACAAGAUACGAUGGAUUGUAUUCUCUGAGUCCGCCCCAAAAGUGUGACCGCAGGGGGUGUUGAGGCAGCCGUGAAGGUGCCAGCUCAGGAUCGGGGCUCCCAGCUCCCGAGUCUCUGCCCGGUGACAGGCACGGGAGGAGCCUGUGCUCGGUGGGAUAAUAUGGAUGCCAAAGCGCUGCCAUUCCAUCAGCUCUCUAGAAAGCAGAAAGGGACAGAGGAGAAGACAGCAGAGUCCUCUGCGGAGCUACGGGAGCUCCCUCAGGGAGAGAAUCCCCGGUGGCCUGGCAGUCUCAUGCCUACUGUGCGCCCAGGGCUGCGCCGGGACCGAAGGAGACCUCUGUGUGUCCGUGUUCAUCCCAGCAGUGUGCACAGUGGCCGAGAGCCGGACACGAGCUGCACAUGCCUGGAGCUGAACGCAGAGGGCAAGGAUCCGUGGUCCAUCCUCGCAGUGGAAUCUCACUCAGUGGGCUCGCAGAGGAAUGGGCAGUCCCUGCUUCCAGGGGCUGGGGUGCAUGAGAGGGGCCCUCACCACAGUGGAGCCCUGGCGGUUGAGGGAGGGCUGGUCCAGGCACCAGGAGGCAGAGAGGCUGGGCCGAGGCGCCUCGGGCCCUGUGCUCCCCCACACCGGGCUCUCCAUCGCGGACCCCCUUCGGCCCCCUCCCUCCCCAGCUCCCCUUGUCCUGCGAGAGCCCCACUGGACCCUGCCCUUCAGCUGGGCUCUGGCUCUCCGUCCCCUGUGGCCUGGGGCUGUCCCGUGCAGAGACAUCACUGGCUCCGGUGCUGCCACUCUCAGCUCUGCUGCCAGAACUCAGCAGAAGGCUCUGGGGUCCCCGUGUGUCCACGGCCUGGCCAGCGUUGUGGGGGUGGAGGAAGGGCCCUGCCCUCCACUGGUCCUGGCCUCUGUGCCCGGGGCUCCACUCCCAGCGGGGGUCCCACCCCUCCACCUCUCCACCGCCGGCACAGACCCACACCCGGACCCAGGCUGCCCACCCAGCGGCCAAGCCGGGAGCCGACGUGUCCCCACUCGGGACUCUGCCUGCAUGGCGUGGCUCUCGUGGCGUCCCUGACCUGCCCACAGAGACCUGAGCGGGACCUGCAGAACAUUACGGGGAAAUGAAAGGGAAGGGAGGGAGAGGCAGAUGUGGCCUCCUGUAAACAGUCUGAUUUCCCAAUGUAAACCAGAUUCCAGCCCAAGACAUCAGGUAAACAUCUGCAUCAGCGCCCCCGGGCCCCCACCGCCCGCGAGGCCCAGGGGUCUGCAUUGCCUACUCUGGGACGUGUCAGAGUUGCCGCCCAGACAUUUCGUAAUUAGGCAAAAUUAGGCCUCACAUUCCUCUGCUAAAUCCCAAAGAUCUCUCUCUCUCCUGCCUCUCUCCCUUCCUCUCUCCUCCUCCUCUUCUCUCUCUCUCCUUCUCUCUCUCUCCCUCCCUCUCUCUCUCUCUCUCUCUCUCUCUGUCUCUCUGCAAUUUGGGGUCUUCUCAAACAUGAAAACACUUGGUAAUUAAGCGACACCGGUGAGCAUGGUAUAGAAUGUUCUCUCAACUGGAAAAAACCCAAGUAAGGAAGUUGUUCUGAUUUCCCACCCACCUUGGCUGGGAGGCAGCUUAUCUCUCUGCAGAGGAAUCUGCUGGGAGAGCAGAUUAGCUGUGGCCUUGCUCUGCAGGGCCUGGGGGAGGCUGCAGAGGCCUAGGGGGAAGCUGGGGUGGGGGUGCUGCCGAGCUGGCCCUGGCUCCCUGAUACCGGGAUUUGGGGCUCUGAGACCCCACAUUGCAUCCAGCUGUGGGAGCAGCACCAAGGACAGUGACCUUGGCAGCUCAGACCAGGCAUCAGAGCCUGUGAAGCUGGCGGGGUCCCCACCUUGGUCCUUGAAUCCUGUGUGAACCUCAGGUCCAUCUGGGCUGCAGCGGC